AUGACCUGCCUCCUCCACAUGAUCUACGCCGUACCUGCAUCGUUUCGGAGCAUUACCUUUGGGCGCAUUUACAGGCUUUUGAUGUUUGGAAACGUUGAAGAGAUGAAGGGACACGUACUUAGGCAGCCGGUUGGCCGGGUCUGGCUGGCUGCUGAGGUUUUCGUUCUGCUUGUUGUUCUUUGGAGUUGUGUCAGUAUGGUGAAGCAGAGCAUUUUACCGGCAUUGCUUCUUGGCACGUCACGUGCUGUUGCGAGUACCUUCUGGACUGGAUGGAACGGCACUGCUGGGAAUCCAUGGCGUUUCUCAGGAUCGAAGAGUGAUGAUGGAGGGUACUGGUUCGAGCAGACGCAGGAAGUGGUAGCGGCGUUGCAAAGCACGUAUUUCAAUGGCUCGUAUUGGGUUGAAGAUCCAGAGAUUCUACAAUGGGCUGGCGCGCUGGUGAACACAAUCUUCAUAGGCACGCAGAGGACUUUCACGCAGGCCUUGUCCGAGUACGAUGGUGACGUUCCGGGAGCUGAAACGUCGGCAGCAGAGAUCCAGGCCGAUAUUCACAAGUACUAUUCACAAAUUGAAGGCUACUACGGCGGCGAGGAUGUCAAUCAGAUCUUUGAUGCAGCUUACGAUGAUGCUCAAUGGGUUGUGCUGGAAUGGCUUGAGGCCAUCAGGUUCAUCAAGCAGUACGAUGCAUACGCUGAGUCUUCUUAUGGCCAAGAAGAUAUCGCAGACUUCGCUCAUCGAGCCCACAUUUUCUACAACAUCGUUCAGGACAAAUUCAACACGACCCUCUGCGAAGGCGGUCUAACUUGGAAUCCGACUCUGGCUCCGUACAAGAACGCCAUUACAAAUGAGCUCUUUGUGUCCAGCUCAAUAGCAAUGUACCUCUACUAUCCAGGCGAUGAUAACACAGACCCAUAUCCGUCACCGAACUACACAAACAGGACUCUCCCAUUCCUUCCCUUCCUUCGAGCCCACGAUCCCCUCCUGCUCCAAAACGCUCAAAACGGAUGGACCUGGUUCAAAUCCCACAACUUCACCAAUUCCCAAGGCCUCGUCGUCGACGGCUUCCACAUCUCUGAGAACCAAACAACCUGCGACGAACGCAACGAAAUGGUCUACACCUACAACCAAGGCGUCAUGCUUUCCGGUCUCCGUGGUCUCUGGGAAGCGACCGGCGAUACUUCGUAUCUUUCCGAUGGUUACAACCUCAUCAACACCGUCAUAAACGCCACAGGCUGGAACAAUGGCGAGUAUGGCAAUGCUACCGAAUGGUCUGGUCUUGGCCGCGCCGGUAUUGUGGAAGAUUACUGCGAUGCGCCGGCGAAUUGUAGUCAGGAUGCUUUGGUUUUCAAGGGAGCAUACUUCGAGCACCUUGAUCUUUUCUGUGAGCCCUUGCCGACGCAGACGCCGCCGGUGGCGGGCUUGACGUACGUCGCGGACCAAGACCUUGCAGAAUCCCACGUGGAGAAAUGCAACAGCUACAAACCUUGGAUCCAACACAACGCCUGGGCAGCUCUCAAUACUCGCGACGAUACCGGCAUCAUUGGAGAGUGGUGGGGCGCUAGCUACACUAACACUACGCAAACCCCUGCUCUGAAGUAUGCCCAGCCGAAACCUAACGGCAGUAUGGAUGUGUGGAACGAGCCUCAGCUACUGUCACAGGCGCCGUGGAAGUGUAAUGGAAUUGGUGGAUGUAGGCAACCGAGCAGGUAUGCUACGAGUGGAAGGAGGGCUGCGAGAUUGAGGCGGGAUAGAGAGGUGAAGAGGAGGCAGAGUGGCGAGCAAGUGAGGACUGCCGAGACGCAAGCGCAGGGGUUGGCGGUGGUGAAAGCGGCGGCUAAUGCUGCGUUGAAGAGGAGAGCGUUGGCGGAUUAUGGUGAUGGUGAUGGUGGGGGUGCGGGUUACUGA